GCUGCCGCCACCGCCUUCCAUGUCGUCUCCUGCAGCCAGGUUAGAGGCUUCCUCGGAGGCGCAGCCCCCCAUGGAGGCCCAGUCUCUCCCCGGGGCGCCGCCCCCCUUUGACGCCCAGAUUCUUCCUGGAGCGCAGCCCCCCUUCGACGCCCAAUACCCCCUCGAUUCCCAGCCUCAGCUCAGCGGCCAGCGUUCCUGGAAUUUCCAGGCUUCGACAGCAUGGUGCUGGAAACCGUCUCCUGAUAAUUUCCCUCGGCAUCAGAAGUCCCACAACCCAGUUCAACAUUCUUAUUUUCCACGAAAAUACGAUGCAACGUUCACAGACUUCAAUGUACCUCCUAGUAGAAAACAGAAGAAAAAGAAAAGAAAGGAACCAGUUUUUCUUUUUUUUUGUGAUACCUGUGAUCGUGGUUUUAAAAAUCAAGAAAAGUAUGACAAACACAUGUCUGAACAUACAAAAUGUCCUGAAGCAGACUGCUCUUUUAGCGCACAUGAAAAGAUUGUUCAGUUCCACUGGAGAAAUAUGCAUGCUCCUGGUAUGAAGAAGAUCAAGUUAGACACGCCAGAGGAGAUUGCAAGAUGGAGGGAAGAAAGGAGAAAGAACUAUCCAACUCUGGCCAAUAUUGAAAGGAAGAAAAAGUUAAAACUUGAAAAGGAAAAGAGAGGAGCAGUAUUGACAACAACACAGUAUGGCAAGAUGAAGGGGAUGUCCAGACAUUCACAGAUGGCAAAAAUCAGAAGUCCUGGCAAACAUCACAAAUGGAAAAAUGACAGUGCUAAACAGAGAGUAAUCACUGGAUCAGGCGAUCACUUGGGUGACUCGAAGCCAGGAGAUCUACCUGAGGCAAACGCAGAUCCUCUCAGUGUUUUGAUAAACAGUGAAUCUGAGUCUGACAAGGAGGAAAAACCACAACACACAGUUGUACCCAAGGAAGUGACACCAGCCCUGUGCUCACUUAUGAGCAGCUAUGGCAGUCUUUCAGGGUCAGAGAGUGAGCCAGAAGAAACUCCCAUCAAGACCGAAGCAGACGUUCUGGCAGAAAAUCAGGUUCUUCACAGCAUUACUCUUAAGAGUCCAAAUCAAGAUGUUAAAGCAACUGUUAGAAAUUUUUCAGAAGCCAAGUGUGAGAACCAGAAUAAGAGUUUUAAAAAGACAAACCCUAAGAGAAGAAAAGAUUAUCACAGCUAUUCAACAUUAUUUGAACCAAGAACACACCAUCCAUAUCUCCUGGAAAUGCUUUUAGCUCCAGACAUUCGACAUGAAAGAAAUGUGAUUUUGCAGUGUGUUCGUUAUAUCAUCAAAAAAGACUUUUUUGGACUUGAUAUGAAUUCUGUGAAAACUAAAGAUGUAUAGAUGUCUGAUGUUGCAGCACAUGUAACCGAAGCAUGUAAAAUAGUACCAUCCUUCAGGUACUGGAGGAAAACUGAAAACCUUUUUUCUCCCCAAAAACGUGGAUUAAUAAUUAAAUUUUAUGACUCAUAGAUAUAUUGCUUUUCAAGUCUUUCAUUUGAUUCUAUGUAAAUAAAUAUGUAACUGAUUUUUUUAAA